AUGGAAGCCGGUUCUGUCCUGUUUGAGGAUGAUGACGCUUACGACCUAUCACCUGCAGCAGUCGCUACUUGCGAUCUUAGUUCGACGUUCGAUGACUUGCCGCAGAGAACCGGGGCACUUGCCGAAACACUUCACUCGCGGGAAGCAGCAGUAUCUGGACACUGCUUUGCACGGUACAGCGGCUUCGUCGACGCCGUCAUUCAGCGCUGGGCUUUGAUUGUUGAUGAGUACCUUCAGUGCCCUCAGGACUUCGCCUUGGUUCGCUACGAGGACUUCUCCUCCGAUCCUGUAAGCGAGACGCGUCGUUUGCUGGAUGCGCUGGGCCUGGCACAUCUCUGGGUCAGGGGGACUGAGGAGAGGGUGCGUCAAAGAGCGGAG